CGAGCGUGCGAGCGGAGAUGCUGCUCCACACCGAGCAGGCCGCCUGCAGCAGCAGCGCUCACGGCCCCUGCGGCGGCUGCAGCCAGGGCCGCUCCCGAGGCCCGCGUGGCGGCAGGGGCACGGCCGGGCCCCGCGACGCUUCUCCUUGGCGCACCGCGCUGCAGGCGCCCGCGGCGUCGCAGAAGCCCGCCGAGCUGCGGCUGGCGCGCCACGGUCCGCCGCAAGCCCGACACUGACCUCCCACCGCGCCCCGCACGCGGCCCCCCGCCCGGGCACCAUGGACACCUCCUCGGUUGGCGUGCUCCUGUCCUUGCCCGUCCUGUUCCAGCUGGCGGCCGGAGUCGGCUCGCCAAGGCCCAGCGCGCUGCUGCGGGGGUGCCCCGCGCACUGUCAGUGCGAGCCGGACGGCAGGAUGCUGCUCAGGGUGGACUGCUCUGACCUGGGGCUUUCGGAGCUGCCCUCCAACCUCAGCGUUUUCACCUCCUACCUGGACCUCAGUAUGAACAACAUCAGUCAGCUGCCCCCGAACCCUCUGCACAGUCUCCGCUUCCUAGAGGAGUUACGUCUUGCCGGAAACGCUUUGACAUACAUUCCCAAGGGAGCAUUUGCCGGCCUUUACAGUCUCAAAGUUCUUAUGCUGCAGAAUAAUCACCUAAGACAGGUACCCACAGAAGCGCUGCAGAAUUUGCGAAGCCUUCAGUCGCUGCGCCUGGAUGCCAACCACAUCAGCUACGUCCCCCCCAGCUGUUUCAGUGGCCUGCAUUCCCUGAGGCACCUGUGGCUGGAUGACAACGCUUUGACAGAAAUCCCUGUCCAGGCUUUCAGAAGUUUAUCAGCGCUGCAGGCCAUGACCUUGGCCCUGAACAAAAUACACCACAUACCAGACUAUGCCUUUGGAAACCUGUCCAGCUUGGUAGUUCUGCAUCUCCAUAACAAUAGAAUCCACUCCCUGGGAAAGAAAUGCUUUGAUGGGCUCCACAGCCUAGAGACUUUAGAUUUAAAUUAUAAUAAUCUUGAUGAAUUCCCCACUGCAAUCAGGACACUCUCCAACCUUAAAGAACUACAUUUCUAUGACAACCCCAUCCAGCUGGUUGGGAGAUCUGCUUUUCAACAUUUACCUGAACUAAGAACACUGACUUUGAAUGGUGCCUCACAAAUAACUGAAUUUCCUGAUUUGACUGGAACAGCGAGCCUGGAGAGUCUGACUUUAACUGGCGCACAGAUCUCAUCUCUUCCCCAAACCGUCUGUGAUCAGUUACCUAAUCUCCAAGUGCUAGAUUUAUCUUACAACUUGCUAGAAGAUUUACCCAGUUUUUCAGUCUGCCAAAAGCUUCAGAAAAUAGACCUACGACAUAAUGAAAUCUGUGAAAUUCAAGCGGACACUUUCCAGCAGUUGCUCGGCCUCCGAUCUCUGAAUUUAGCUUGGAACAAAAUUGCCACUAUUCACCCCAAUGCAUUUUCCACCUUGCCAUCUCUAAGAAAGCUGGACCUAUCGUCCAACCGCCUGUCGUCCUUUCCUGUAACUGGGUUACAUGGUUUAACUCACUUAAAAUUAACAGGAAAUCAUGCCUUACAGAGCUUGAUAUCAUCUGAAAACUUUCCAGAACUCAAGGUUAUAGAAAUGCCUUAUGCAUACCAGUGCUGUGUAUUUGGAGUGUGUGAAAAUGUCUAUAAAAUUUCUAAUCAGUGGAAUAAAGCUGACAACAACAGUGCAGAUGACCUUCAUAAAAAAGAUGCCGGAAUGUUUCAAGUUCAAGAUGAGCGUGAUCUUGAAGAUUUCUUGCUUGACUUUGAGGAAGACCUGAAAGCCCUACAUUCCGUGCAGUGUACACCUUCCCCAGGCCCCUUCAAACUUUGCGAAUACCUGUUAGGUAGCUGGCUGAUCCGAAUUGGAGUGUGGACCAUAGCAGUUUUGGCACUUACUUGUAACACCUUGGUGACCUCCACAGUGUUCAGAGCCCCUCUGUACAUUUCCUCCAUAAAACUGUUAAUCGGGUUGAUAGCGGCGGCCAACACGCUCAUGGGGGUUUCCAGUGCGGUGCUGGCUGCCGUGGAUGCCUUUACUUUUGGCAGCUUUGCGCGGCACGGAGCGUGGUGGGAGCAGGGGGUCGGUUGCCAAAUCGUUGGGUUUUUGUCCAUUUUUGCCUCGGAAUCCUCCGUUUUCCUGCUUACUCUGGCAGCCCUGGAGCGAGGGUUCUCUGUGAAAUGCUCUGCGAAAUUCGAAAUGAAAACUCCCUCCUCCAGCCUGAAAGCAGCCCUUGUCCUCUGCGCCCUGCUGGCCCUGACCAUCGCGGCGGUUCCCCUGCUGGGCGGUAGCGAGUACAGCGCCUCCCCGCUCUGCCUGCCGCUGCCCUUUGGGGAGCCCAGCGCCAUGGGCUACGUGGUGGCCCUCGUCUUGCUCAAUUCCCUUUGCUUCCUGGUGAUGACCAUCGCCUACACCAAGCUCUACUGCAGUUUGGAAAAGGGAGACCUGGAGAACAUCUUGGACUGUUCUAUGGUGAAGCACAUUGCUCUGUUGCUCUUCACCAACUGUAUCCUUUACUGCCCAGUGGCUUUCUUGUCCUUCUCCUCUUUACUGAACCUCACAUUCAUCAGCCCUGAAGUAAUUAAGUUUAUCCUUCUGGUGAUUGUCCCGCUUCCUGCAUGUCUCAAUCCCCUUCUCUACAUCCUCUUCAAUCCUCACUUUAAGGAGGAUCUGGGGAGCCUGGGAAAGCAAACCCCCUUCUGGACAAGAUCCAAACACACAAGCCUGAUGUCUAUUAACUCGGAUGAUGUUGAGAAACAGUCCUGUGACUCCACCCAAGCCUUGGUACCCUUCACCGGUGCCAGCAUAGCCUACGACCUGCCUUCCAAUUCCGGGUCACCGGCAGCUUAUCCAAUGACCGAAAGCUGUCAUCUCUCUUCCGUGGCAUUUGUCCCAUGUCUCUAAUUAACAUGUGAGAGAAUAAGGUUUCCAAAAUUGAAAACCCAAAAAUGUGAGAUUGAGUACAUCAGAGUAGUAACUAAAAAGAGAUGAAUGGAAACUUGAUUUUAAAAAAAAUCAAUCUCUCAGUGUCAAAAAGCUGAGAAUUAUUGAUACUGGAGAGUGGAAAACAAGUCUAAAUGCUGCUUAUAUAAUUUGUUCCGCUACGAUAGAUCAGUCACACGAUUCAGGUAAGCCUAAAUAUAUAUAAUAUUUAAAAAACAGAUUGCAAUGUUCAAAAAAUUCUCCAUGAUUUCAAUGGAAUUCUUUUCCAGCUCACUAAUUUAAGGAUUUGCUGGGGGUGGGGGGGUCACUUACUUACAAAAAAGAUUUUAAACUUGAAAACGCUAUGUUUGGAGGUAUUAGGAAAAUAAGGAUUUUAAAUGGCAUGUGUUACUAAGUAAUGGUUGUGACCAGUAGGAUUUCAUUUUAACGACCAUAUGGAGAGGUUUUAGUACUCUUCCACCUUUUCUCAGAAAGGAUCCUCCAGGUAACCAGUCUUCCUGUGAAUGGAUAACAUAAGGCACUAUUCAUUCAUAUUCACAUCAUUUUUAGUGAUGCUAGAUUUUAUGUAUCGGCACUAGAUAGUUCCACCUGUAGUAGAAUUAAACUGCUUACAAAUAUUUGGAAAGGAAAAUGAACUUAAAUUCUUCAAUUGCCGUGAAGGCAAUUGUGUACAGAUGAGGUUUGCCUUGUCUAAUUCAUGUUUAACUUCUUGGUGCCCAGAGGUCAGAAGAAAAGUCCAUUGCCAGCAAUGGACAUACUUAGAAAAGAUGGCUAGCAACCUGGGAUGUCUUUUCCCCCUGGGUGAAUGCACAUUUUUCGCAGAA